GGUUGCCGGAGGAUGGUGGCGGUCUGCGUCACACAACUUGACUCGGCGAGUGUCGGCGGUAAACCGCGAGCGAUCGCUCCCUCCCUGUCCAGAUCCAACCCAAUUAAUACAUAUUGCAUUCAACCUGCGAGCCGAGGAAGUGGCCGAAUACCGCCGAGUCAGCACAGGCGCCUUCACUGGACCAAGAGUAGGAUGUGGACCCGCGAGGCCAGGGAAAAACCUUUUAUGACGGAAAGUGCAAAAGAAAUGUGAACAUAUUUCAUUUCUACGAAAUAUUGGAUCAUUAUAUUCAGUGAUUGUGUUUUAAGGAAAGAUAUUUCGUAUUUUUCGUAAAGUGAGACACGGGUAUGGUAUCCCACGGAGUAAAACCUUAUCAGGAUAUCAAUUAAUAUCAACAGAGUUGGAGUGUCUCAAGGGGAUAAUUUUAAGACGUUCGACACUCUUCGAGGAGAUUUUCAUACCUCACUUGGAUUAUAUGUAGUACGUAAAAGUGACACGGGUAUAUUGUAGAAGUGUGACUCAAGAAAGACAUGCUUUGACGUCCAGCUAGCUGCAGGCGAGUAAAACUGACAGGAUUUCUUAAGCGUUUUCAACAGAUAAUCUGCAGAGAUUAACGGAUUAAGAUGUCUGGUGUAGGAAUUCUACUGGUGCUAUCCUUGUCGGGAUGUUUCCUCGGGACUUGGGGGGAGAUGUGGGAAUGGGGGCCGGACCUCGAAGGACCCUGGUGUGCCAAGCGCCGGGGGGAGCAGUGCUGUAUCGACCGGGACGACUAUUGUUCCGUCCCCAUCCUCGGCACCGAGUGCUACUGCGACGUCUUCUGUAACUCCACAGCCUACGACUGCUGCCCCGACUACUGGGAACACUGUCAUGGGGUGGUCAGGGAGGAGAGAACCACCCCGCUACCCAUCAUUUAUACCACACCCCGGAUACCCGUGUCUACAAAUAACUGUAGGAAGAAUGGCGUGUUGUUCCAGCCUGGUCAGAAACUUAAGGAGAACUGUAACGAGUGCAUGUGCGAGGUGUUUGCCGGGCCACCCAGGAGGUUUGACUGGCGCUGCAGUCAGAAUGUGUGUUUGAUUAGACCGGAACUCAUCCGCGCAGUGAAUGAUGGGAGAUAUGGAUGGACAGCUAGCAACCACUCAGUGCUGUGGGGUAUGACGUUACCUGAUGGCGUCAAGUACCGUUUAGGAACGUUCCCGCUAGACUCGAACGUUGUGCGCAUGACGCCACUCAAAGUGAGGCUGGACGAAGUUCUACCGGAAGCAUUCGACUCCCGACAGAAAUGGGGACAACUCAUUAACCCUAUAAGAGACCAGGGAAACUGCGGUGCAUCAUGGGCAUUUUCAACAACAGCCGUAGCAUCCGACCGCCUGGGUAUCGAGUUCAUGGGGGACUACAAGGAGCAGCUCUCCCCCCAACACAUUCUAUCUUGUAACAGUGACAAGCAGGAGGGCUGUGCCGGGGGCAACCUGGACCGAGCCUGGUACUACCUCAGGAGGAGGGGGCUGGUGACGGAGGACUGUUACCCCUACUCCAGCGGGAGGACCAGCACUGUCGGCGAAUGUCUGGUCUCACCCCGGAAGCGUCAGGGGGACUGCCCCAGCGGCAUAGAGUUCCGCAUGGAGAAGCGCUACAAGACCACGCCCCCCUACAGGAUACGUCCUCUUGAGAGGGAAAUAAUGAAAGAAAUUAUGGUCAACGGCCCAGUGCAAGCCACAUUCAUCGUAAAAGAGGACUUCUACAUGUAUAAAGAUGGAAUAUACCGCUACAGUAACAUCAGCCGUGGCGAGACGAGCAACUUCAGACGGACAGGGUACCACUCAGUCAGGAUUUUAGGAUGGGGCGUAGAGCGUACAUUUCGAGGCGAUAUUGUCAAGUAUUGGCUGUGCGCCAAUUCAUGGGGCACCGACUGGGGCGAGAACGGCUUUUUCCGAAUCGUUCGUGGUGAGAACGAAUGUGAGAUCGAGGCUUACAUCGUGGGGGCUUUCGGGAAGGACAACCGGCGUCGUCGACUCAUCAAUCUGAGGAGGCUGAGUCGCAUCCGGGACGGCAGGAAGUUCCGGAGCCUCAAUCUCAGACGUCGGCGCACACGCAGGAAAAACAAGAAGAACAAAAACAAGGACAACAGACGCAAAUUUAAGAAAUCACAUAAAUCUGUGAAGAAAUUAUAGAAAUAUGUAUUAGGUUUUAUGAAAUUAUGAUAUUGUAAAUGCAUUUAUACUCUACUGUAGCUAUGUGUGCAUUUGUACGAGCAGUGUUAAUUUGUUUCAAGUAUGACCUCACAUAACAGGUAUUUAUCCCAUCUGCAGCGUGGAACUGGACAUCAUUUAGACAUUCGCGUAUGAAGAGUAUGUUAUGUUGGAUUAUAUCUAUGACUGUAUGUUCAGUUUUCUUUUGAUUUUGUGCUUUUGUUUAGAACUAUGUUCUAUUUCAAAACUAUGCAUGCAUUUGGGAACUCUCAAACUGAUUUUCAGUUAUGAAAAAGUCAUUAACGGGUAUUUAAAAAAAAUCUUACACAGCUCAAAUAGAUCCGAUAUAUGAUUCUAAACACGGCAACAUGUCAAUUAACUAUUUGCCGUUUGACUCUCACAUGAUUUAAUUGGCAUACGGACUUACGAUGCACCAUUUGCUAUUUUAUCUUCCAACUAAUCUUAAUUGUAAUUCGUCCUUCUAAAAGAAAUGGUUCGUUUUCGGUUUGAUAAUUCAGUGUACCAUUCCCUAAUCGAUCUUUCAGUUCGACCUUCUAACAAAUAAAAACUGCAAUUCUGCCUGCAGGUAAAUCAUUAACUGGCCAAUCUUCCAAUCAAGUAUUGUUAUUCAACCUUCUUUUAAUUCGUUUGCGAGGAAUCAUUUUCGAUUCGAUUCAACAAUGAAUCAUUUACCAGUCGAUGAAAGAAAAAAAUGCAGGUACAAGAUCUCAGUGAUCCUAUAGUUACCUCUGUGGUGUCCUCGGGGUUCGAAUCCCGGAUUUGUCCUGAUGGCGAACCUUGGUUUGACAGAACCACACACUCUUGCUUGUAGGUUCCAUUGAAGUGGUAGCGUCUGAGACAAGUAUCGCUUUGGUGACAUGCCGUGAUAACUAUAAAUUGAAGCGGUGCGAAAACUUACCACCUACCACCUUACCCUUUAUAUACAAUACUCAAAAGGACGUAGAAGAACACCGUACUGCUUUCAUAGGACUACAGGUAAACGGUCAUGGCUGGUGUGCAACACACAACCUUCCAAAUGUGGGUGUUCUUUAACUUGUUUUAAGUGAGUGAGUGAGUGAGUUGGGUUUAACGCCGCUUUUAACAUUAUUCCAGUUAUAUCACGGCGUGUCAGCUUAAUGUGGGAGGAAAGCCCGAAGUGAUGCAGGUCUCAGACGUUUCCCACUUCGGUGAAACCCACGAGCACGGGUAUGGUGCUGACAAAUCUAGAAACAUAAUCGGGGCAAACCGGGAUUCGAACCCACAAUCAUAGGUUUAUGGCGUGUCCAGGGGACUCAACUCUGCACAGCGAAUCGCGGCGCCUUAGACGACUGGGCCACCCGUGCCCCCUUUGUUUUAAGUAGUAUAUAUGGGCUUUGUUAUGAACCACAAGUCAUUUCAACAGUUUUACAAGUCUCUCAGUGAAUAUCAAACAGUCAGUAUAUCAAAGACGCCCUGAAUGCAUUGUGUAUGUAUGAAAUGACAAUAGUAAUGAUCCAGAUGUUUACAAUCAUGUUUACUCCAUUCUUCCCCAUAUUCUUCUUCCCAGCUACAGGACUUUAUGAAAAACUACUUUGUUAUGAUGAUUAUGUUGUUUUCUGUUGACAAUGGCUAGUUUAUUUGUAGUAGGCAUUAUAUAGUGUUUUUUUAAUUUUGUAUACGUAAUAGUUUGUACAUACAUUUCCACCCACAAUAUAUAAUUCUUCCGUGUACUAUAUUGAAUUAAACAUCUUCCUACGA